CUUCCUGCAUAAAAGCCCCGCUAAGCCCAAAUAGAAUCGUAGUUUCAUAGUCACACUUACCUCUUACGAAAUUCUGAGGAAGUAAAACAAAUUCGGAAGGAUCACAUCAAUGGCACCCGAUCACGAAGAGGACAUCAAGGACGAGAAGAACCCCCGUCCCCUCGACGAGGAUGACAUUGCCCUGCUCAAAACCUAUGGUCUGGGACCUUAUUCCACAGGUAUAAAAAAGGUGGAGAAGGAGAUCAAAGAGAUGGCAAAGAAAGUCAAUGAUUUAUGCGGUAUUAAGGAGUCUGAUACUGGUCUAGCUGCACCAAGUCAGUGGGAUCUUGUUUCUGAUAAGCAAAUGAUGCAGGAGGAGCAGCCUCUUCAGGUGGCCAGGUGCACAAAGAUAAUAAAUCCAAAUUCUGAAGAUGCUAAAUAUGUUAUCAAUGUUAAGCAGAUUGCAAAGUUUGUUGUUGGGCUGGGUGACAAAGUUUCCCCUACUGACAUAGAGGAAGGAAUGCGCGUUGGGGUUGAUAGAAAUAAAUACCAGAUUCAGAUUCCUUUGCCUCCAAAAAUUGAUCCAAGCGUUACCAUGAUGACAGUGGAAGAGAAGCCAGAUGUGACAUAUAAUGAUGUUGGUGGCUGUAAGGAGCAGAUUGAAAAGAUGCGAGAAGUUGUUGAACUUCCCAUGCUUCAUCCAGAGAAAUUUGUUAAGCUUGGAAUUGAUCCUCCAAAGGGUGUUCUCUGUUAUGGUCCACCAGGAACUGGAAAAACACUUUUGGCCAGGGCCGUGGCUAAUAGAACUGAUGCUUGUUUCAUUAGGGUUAUUGGAAGUGAGCUAGUUCAGAAAUAUGUUGGUGAGGGGGCUCGGAUGGUUCGUGAACUAUUUCAGAUGGCCCGAUCAAAGAAGGCAUGUAUUGUAUUUUUUGAUGAAGUCGAUGCAAUUGGAGGUGCCCGUUUUGAUGAUGGUGUUGGUGGGGACAAUGAGGUUCAGCGCACGAUGCUUGAAAUCGUGAAUCAGCUUGAUGGCUUUGAUGCUCGUGGAAACAUCAAAGUUUUGAUGGCAACAAACAGGCCUGAUACUCUAGAUCCUGCCCUACUUCGACCUGGGCGUUUGGAUCGUAAGGUCGAGUUUGGUCUCCCUGAUUUAGAGAGCAGGACCCAGAUAUUCAAGAUACACACAAGAACCAUGAACUGUGAGAGGGAUAUCCGAUUUGAACUUCUUGCUCGCCUUUGUCCAAAUUCCACAGGAGCUGAUAUAAGGAGUGUAUGCACUGAAGCUGGUAUGUAUGCCAUCCGUGCCCGAAGGAAGACUGUAACAGAGAAAGAUUUCCUGGAUGCAGUGAAUAAAGUCAUUAAAGGGUACCAAAAGUUCAGUGCAACUCCCAAGUACAUGGUCUACAACUGAGUUUGUUCUUCCCCCUCCCUGCUUUUGGUUAAACCUUAUCAGCACGUGCAAUAUUUUCCCCAGAGAAAACUAUCAUAGCACAUGAUUCUUUCACGAGGAGAUUGUUAGAUUCGUCCGUGUGAACCUGUACUUGCGAGGUUGAUUCUGUUGAAACAUCCAUGUAACAAAUGUUAUUCUUCAAUUGAUUUGAAUCAUUGCAAUCGUCA